AUGGCGCCAGUUUCUUUGCAAGAGCUCCCUUAUGUCAGCAAUCACGCUCCCAAGAGGAUGAACUCUUAUAUCAGCAGCUCGGGUAAGAUCCAAGCACACCUUAGCAUCCAAUUCACAAAGGAUAUCCCUAAAGCCUUCUUCCCAGGCGAGAAAGAUCCCAAAACUCCGUGCCUGCAAUUCUGCACUAAUGUUAGAGCAGAUUCCAAAAUGCAUCUUGAAACCCACCAGCCGCUGACCAGAGCCAUUCCUGAUCAAACCUCCACCCCCAGCCCUAAAGGAUUUUUUAGCAAAAAAGCGAUUUCUCUCUCAAAUGUCGACUCAUCACAUCCUCCGCCUGCUGUCUCAAACGUGGUCAACCUUAAGAAGACCAAAGGAAUAUGCCUCCAUAGGUCUUCUGUUGGUGCUCUUAUAUUAGCGUAUAUGAUGUUCGAGAUCACCUCGAGAGAAAGGUUCAAUUCCUUAACCCAAUCCUCUGCAUUUGGAAACCCAGACUCCAUAGCUGCCCAAUAUAACUUGUAUGGAUUAAGAACUGAAGAACUCAAUUACAUCGACCGUGAGAUCCUAACUAGUACCAGUCUAACUAAGAGUCAUCUGCUAGUCCAGCUUCCUGUGAGUAAGCCCGUGCUCAAGAAGAGAGCUAAGGAACAAGCUCAAAAUUCAUUAACAGCUGGACAAGAUAUGUAUUAUUAA